CGAAAUAUGUUUAUUUGGAGAUUAUUCAUUCUAUUUACGACUCAAUAUUUCGCGAAAUGUUGUGAUUCUUAUUCGAGUUUCCUACAGACGACGACAUUCUCGGAUAGUUUUGUUGAAGUGAAAAAUUACAAUAAUUGUAUGUGCGUUCCAUAUUGGCAAUGUAAAGAAGACUUUAGCGGUUUGGUGGAGGAGGAUGGAUCGGAUAUAUUAGAUAUACGUGUUUUUCGGGAUAAUAGAAAGGAAACAGAUCUAUCCGCUAGUUGUACUGGUGAUUUCGACGUGUGUUGUAAAGUAGAAUGCGGCCGAUUGAAUAACGGAUUGAAAUAUGCCAGUCCAAAGUUUAGGAUACUUGAAGGUGGUGGAAGCGUGGCGGAGUUUGCUGAAUUCCCGUGGAUGCUUGGUUUACUACAAAAUAGGGCUUAUGUUUGUGGUGCAUCCUUAAUUCAUCCGCAAGUCGCCAUAACGGCGGCACACUGUGUUUCGAAUCUGGGUAAGUUUAAGGUUCGUGCAGGCGAAUGGAACUGGGCCAGCAACAAUGAGCCGAUUCCACAUCAAGACCGAUUCACUAAAAGGAUAAUCAUUCAUCCUCACUAUGAUCCGUCCUCCUUGCGAAAUGAUAUAGCAAUACUAAUUUUGGACAACCCACUCAAGCUCACAGAGAACGUGGGCGUAGUAUGUCUACCACCUUAUGCAAAAAGAAUGAAGACCAGGAGGCGGUGCACUGCUAGUGGGUGGGGCAAAAAUUCGCAUACAGUGGGGACAUACCAAUCAACGUUGAAGAAAGUCGACUUACCAAUAAUGCCAAUAGAAAAUUGCUUGCACAGUCUACGGCGAGCCCGACUAGGGGCUAGCUUCAAUCUUCACUCAAGUUUUAUUUGCGCAGGGGGUGAAAUGCAUAAAGACACGUGCAAGGGAGAUGGCGGUAGUCCGUUGAUAUGUCCAGUGAAUGACGAUUUCGACAGAUACGAACAAACUGGUAUCGUUUCCUGGGGUUUAACUUGUGGCAUACAAAAUACACCCGGCGUUUACGUCAACGUAGCCCUAUUUACCGACUGGAUUGAUGAAGAGUUGAAUUAUUACAACUUCGACACUCAAAUUUAUAAAAUAUCUGAGUAGCUUCUUCUAUAUUAAUUUAAAAAAAGCAAAAAACAAAUUAAAGGAUUGUUGCAUUUGUAUAUUAAAACACAUCCCAUUAGAAACAAAUGUAAUAAAGUCUAUUUCAUUCUCACACCUGAUUACAACAUCAUCUAUUCAUUACAACUGUGAUAUUGUAGUAAGGACAAUUUAAUAAACAAUUCCUAAAUA